GUGAGGUUAAAUUGAUGUUUACGUUGUUUUUUUAAUAAUUAAUCUCAUAUUCACAGCAACUGUUAUAAUUUAAUUCGAUUUUGAAUACCAAAUGUGGAAAUGACUGUUUCUUGUAAAUUACAAUUGACAUUAGCCAUAAUCAAACCACACAUUAUAAAAAAUCCAGUUGCGACAUCUCAAAUAAGGGAACUUUUGAUAUCGUCAAAUUUCAAGAUUAUCAAAUUUCUUAGGAAAACAAUAUCUCUAAAAGAAGCUGAAAAUUUUUAUAGUGAACAUAAAUGUAAAUUUUUUUAUAACAGAUUAGUUAGUUUUAUGACGAGUGGUCCUAGUGAUAUCAUGAUAUUGGCAAAAGAAAACGCCGUUAAAGACUGGCGAGAACUUAUGGGUCCUACCAAAGUUUUCAAAGCACAAUUUGAAGCUCCUAAAAGUAUUAGGGGACAGUUUGGAUUAUCAGAUACAAGAAAUGCUAGCCAUGGAUCAGAUUCUGAAGAUUCUGCUAAGAGAGAAAUAAAAAUAUUUUUUCCGGACUUUGAUAUUGAUGAUUGGUAUGCACAAUAUGAACCAAUAUUUCGUUCCAACCAUAUUAGUUUUGAUACAAAAAAUUUUUUGCACAUUCCUUGUAGGUAAAUAAAAGUAAAUGUGUUAUUUUUUAGUAUUUAUUUUAUAAUUUAUUUCAGUUUUUCAACAACUGUGUUCAAAAUUUUCAUUACA